GGGACACAGUAGCUGACGAGAAACAUUGUCACGAGCAGGAUUAAAUGAUGGGUCGAUCUUGCAUUAGUAUCUGCUUGAGUUCUCGCUGAUUCCCGUUUUCAGUUUGGGGUGUUUUUGGUCUUCGUUCUUGGUUUUGUUUUUGUUUUCUAUUGGGUUUGACGUGUGAUUGUUGGAGCUAUACUCUGCACACAGAUAGUGUGAAAAUUCGAUCGCACAAGCUGAGUGCAUCUUUUGACCAGUUUUCAUUUUUCAGUUGUCCUCGGACACUUGUGUUUUCUUGCCAUUUUCAACUCUCGUAGCUGACACACGAAUCUACUUGUAAAAUGGAUGAUCCUUGUGAUAUAUGUGGUGAUUUUGGAUAUGCUGAGUUACUGUUAAAGUGCUCAAGUUGUCCUUCUCAGCAACAUGUUUACUGCACGGCACAAUUUUGUUCUGAAGUCCCUGAAGUUUGGUAUUGUGAAAUCUGCCAAUCUACCGACUGUGCGAAUUUGACAAUUUCCCCUUUGCAAGAAGAAUCCAGUGUGAUGGUCCCAUCAUCGACCAGAGAAAUUCCAGAUAAUUUUGGGAGUCAAGCUAAUCCGAAAAGGCAAAGAACUGCCAAACCCUGCAAAGUCAUGUGUCUUUCAACCGAAGAAGUCAUCAAGUUAUCAUCGCGGAAGAAUCCAUUGAAGUCCAAGGUCUUUACUUCAAAGUCCCCUGUGAGGGCAAAAAGCAAUAGUCAUUUAGUAUCUUCAGGUUGCCAACAUCCAUUCAAAAGUCGAAGCUUGAUGAUAGGUUCAUCAAUUAAUCAGCAGCGUGAAAUCUCAGCAGCAAAAGCACUGAAAGAUGGGAUGAACUCUAUUUCAGGAAAGAAGGAUCUUGUUAAGCAGCCAGAGAAGCAUGUCGGUGAGGAGCAGUCAAUGGAUAUUAAUGGACUCUUAUAUGAAAAGGAUGCAUCCAUUUGGGCAAAGGAAGAAUCUAUGAUGAGUGCGUCACCCAUUUCACAAUCUAGAUGUUUUCAACCCAUUGAUGAAUCAGGAGGCGACAAUGAUGCUGUCGCAGAAUCUGGUUAUUCUUUUGAGGAGACUAGGUUCUUGCACUAUAUUCUACCUAAACUUGAAGUGUGCCGGCCUUAUCUUCCUGCUCUAUCUGCAACAUGGAGCGGAAGGUUGAAAUUUCCUGGUGAUGCUAUCCCCAAUGAUAGCAGCUAUUCGUUCCGUGCGCAUCCUCCAUGCAGUGUUCGUAGGAAAGCAUAUGAGCUUUCACGGCAUAUGCCUAUGGAGAUUCGUAUGGAGCCGAUCCCUCUGACCCCUAUUUUGACAAACAUAUUUCAAAGUGAAGGUCCUGAUAUCGACGACAUUGGAUUGUACUUUUAUCCUGCUGAUACUGCUGAUAGGUACAUCGUGAACUAUUCUGCCCUUGUUCAACUCAUGGUUAGCCAGGAGUAUGCAAUGAGAGGCCUUGUCAAUGGUGCUGAGUUGCUGCUAUUUACAUCAAAAGAAUUACUUGUGGAUUCACAUUUGUUUAUUGUGGGGUUGCAAAGUGAAUACUUCCUGUGGGGAAUCUUCCGCAGUGCUAAGAGUACUCUUGAUUGUAAAAGUUUGCAUGAGGAGCUUGAUGUCCAUCCACCUCUUCCGCUUGUGGACCACUCGAAUAAUGGUCAUUCCAAUAGUGACAAGAGCAGUGCAAUUGACGGUAUCACUGGAAUUGAUGACCUCUCGAGGAAUUCUUCCAAGGGGGGCAGUACAAGCCGUGAGGAAGGAACCAUAGAUGAGAUUGCUUUGCCUGGGACAGACUUUGCAGAGAGCUUUCAGGAAGAUGCCCAAGAUGUGGUCGUGGCUCCUGUGGCAGCUAAUUAUACCUGUUCACGACUCGUUGAAACCACAUGCUGCCCCGCAUUUAACGUCAAAGGAGAAGAUACAGGUUCUGAACGGGUUGAUUUUUCCAGUGGAGUGGAAGCCCCAAAACAAUCAAAUCAGCAAGUGAAAGUUGAAGCCCGAGAGAUCACAUUAGAUGAGCAUGACGUUGUCGAAAGGAGUCUGAAACUACCACCUAAGAUAGAGAAACCUGAUAUAGAGGUUGGUGCGCCGGAACUAGGCUGCUCCCUUGGGGAUAGGGUCAAGCUGAACACCAGUGGAAUCUCCAGGGGAAACGCAAGUUCUGCUGGAGCUGGUGGAACAGUGCACACCUCAUCUGGGACGUGGGUUUUGGGUUAUAGCCUUGAUCUGGGCAAGUGGAGUAGCUUGGCGGCAGACUUGUGGGCUGUCUUUCAAGGUUUGAAGUUAGUUUGGGACAGAGGCUACAGGCAGGUUCUGGUGGUAUCGGACUCUUCCGCGGCAUUGAAGUGUUUGAAGACGGCUCCGCGGGCAAGCGAUCCUAACAUUGAUCUUAUCCAAGGUUGCAGAGACCUGGUGUCACGCGAUUGGGAUUGCACCUUGGAUCACAUAAGCCGAGAAAAGAACGCCGCCGCCGCUUGGUUGGCGGACCACCGUUCAGAAGAGGUUCUAACUGUAUUAGACGACCCACCACAGGAAUUAGCUCGUAUUUUGAACAACCAGGACAAUGGGAUCCCCCCGCCAAGUUGAUUGUUUGGCCCUGGAUUGCUUCGGCUGAAGAGCACACACGGAAGCUAUUAACAAACACCUCCCUCCCUUCUCUACGCUUAGGAAAUUACCAAGCACUCUCUGAGCUUUUUGUAUAGGCCUAGGUAUUGCAUAGCUGAUUUCAGUUGUAGAUACACUGAUCAUCCCCUCAUUCAGUGGAGGCUUAGGAAUAUGAAUUUUGUUGUCCAAAA